AUGGAUACCGAACUGAGUUAUUCACUGCCGUCACCCACAGAUACUCCCUAUCGAACGCCCUCAAGUUCACAGUCCCUUCGGUCCCGUCCUUACGACGACAUGUCUCCAUCAUCCACUCCACCUCCAAUGCCUGACGAUAGGGCGAGCAAACGGAGAAGUCAGGACUCCGACAAUCCUGCCCUAGAUGAAACCAUCUCUCCUCUUGACCCAAGAAGAUUCACCCCUACACUUCAUGCCUCCCUGGUGUCGGAGAUCUUGUCCCUGAGGAGGGACUUGGACAGCCGUGCCGAUGACAUUGAAAAGUUGGAGAUGACCCUCCACGCCGCACAGACUCAGAAUGGAGUACUCAACAACAACCUACUACAGGCAAACAAAGAAACUCGUUCCGUCAAACGUCAAAUGCAACUUCUCGAGGGAGGUACUCUCUCCGCAUUGAACGAGUUGGCUAAAGAACGAGACGAUGCGCUAGAUGAUGUCUCCGAUCUACGCAGACGUCUGGAGCAAAGCCAGGCGAAAGCUAAGAGCCAAGAACAACAUGUUGAGCGAACGCAGGCGUCGUGGGACAAGGACAAGGAAGCAUGGCUAACUGAGCGUCGAGGUCUUGAGACAAAAGUCCAUAUUGCAGAAGGUCGGCUCAAAGUCGUACUGAGUGAGGUUGCCAAUUCACAUCAGGCACCUCCUAUCUCCCCAACCGAACGGACGUGUCAUAGCCGCAAUAGUGUUAUGGAAAGUCCGAGCAAAGCUUCCAUUCUCACUCGACGGGGUCGGAGACAUAGUGCAACUUCAGUCAACAGUGAGGCUCACGGUGGACGUGUCUCGGUUAUGAGUUUCCACAACGGUGUCUCGACUAACCUUGCCGAUGAGUUGGCAUUUGACGAGCUGGAGGAAGACAUGGCCAUCGCCCAUGAGAAUGAUGACGGCAGGAUAUCCCCAGAUGCACUACCAGAAGAGCAAAUCCGCCCUGCUUCAAGCCUCUCCAUAAAAGCGCGUAAGAUCCUUGGGCUUCCUCUGGAUUUUGAGGAUUUGGAACGGAAUGGAAGCCCUGAGCAUGACAGCUCCAAUACCUAUCCGCUGUUGGAUGGCAUUCGACGCCGAAUCAGCAUCAAGUAUGUUGACACAGCCAUUCAAUUCUCCCCUCCGCCAUCCCCCUGGCCAAUCAUGGAGUCGCCCCAGAAACCGAACCAGUACCAGCCGACAGAAGUUCAACCUUCCAAUGUCAAGCAAAUUAAUGCCAACCACAGCCCCGUGAGCCCUAUUGAAAGCAUCGAGUUCCCUUGGUCAACACAGAAGCCGGUCAUGGUAUCGUCCGCCUGUCAAACAGUCGAAGCUUUACCCAGUCCGCCACUCACUCCUGAGAAACGCGAAGCAGCGCUCCCCACCAUACCAGAAAGUACUCAAGAAAGAGUCGAAACAGCCACCACGGGAACACAGACGGAUCCCAUUGCCGCGCCGACUUCUGUUGAUCACAGCCACAAACACACUCCCAGCGAAGAAACUCUGGAUCUGAAGGUUCCGCUCAUCGCAAUCAUUCCUCCUGGAUCAAGACCUGCCACACCUGAAACCAAUGUCGUGCUACCACCCAGAACUAAGAAUGCCGGUACCCAGGUUUCUAUUCAAUCUCUCGCCGGAUAUUCAUCAACAUCGAUGCAGACCGAAGAAAUUCGAGUUGACAAAAGGUCGAUCGUCCCACCCUCCGAGAUGCCAUCCGUUCCUCUGUCAACCCACUUCAGACCGCCCAUUUCCUCGCGAGCAGCACCGCCGCCAAUUUCCCGGAGUCGAACACCCCCUAUCGCGUCCAUGUUCGGAUCCAGGCGCUCGGUUCCAGGGCCAUCUAAAGCGCCCCCGCUGAAUGACAAUGGACCUCUCACAAAAGAUCUGGCUUCAAAUAUGCCUCGCCCUGUACGUUCCAGCAGCCUUUUUGCUGGAUUUGAUGACGACAGUGAAAACCGGGACGAUCUUUUCGGUGAAGAUAAUUUCCACGAUGAUGAUAUCUUCAGUCGGCCUACUGCAAAAUUUACACUCAGGUCGGGGAGAAUGGUCUCUCAAGACCCUCUUCUAGAGGAUGUCAAUGAGCAGGCAGCAGUAAACGCUGGAGAAGCUGUAGCUUUGGAGAAUCUUCGACUCUCUGAAGACAGCCUACCCCCUGAGAUGAAAGCGAUACUAUUCCAGGCUCGUAUCAACCCUCGAAGUGGGGCCCAGCGACAAAGUUCAGCUAUGCAGAAAUUGAAGAGAGUGCCUUCUUUGAGAUCCAACAACAUGAGGCGUGCGGCCAUGAUAUCAAGCGGAGCCGCGGUUCAUCAGUCGUCUCACUCGCAAUCUACGACUGCUUCAUUUGACAGCAACAAUCCUCCACCAUUCCCUGUCCCGCUGAGGUAUAGCUCUGCGAGAAUUGGCAAGUCCAUCAGUGAGGGUGGGAGAAGCUCCCCUGGCAGCAGCAAUGCCUCCCCAACCAAGCGACCAAAGAACAAGACCAUGAAACCGAUGUUGAGAAAAGCAAGGUCAGGACCUGCGAUCUCUCCUCACUCACAAGCACGACGUGCCCGCAGUCGAUCUCCCCCCAUUGAUCCAAGGGUUUCAAUUGUUCCAGAGAUGCCUAGCUUUCAAAUGCCAACGACCACUCCUCCACCUUUCUUGGCUGAGCCUUAUAGCAACCCGCGAGAGGCAAGUGCACCUAGGCCAUCCAUCGCAACUGGACCCAGCCGAAGAGGAACCCACACGAAGACAAACUCAGAUGCAGUUUCAAUGCACCAAACCUCUGUCGUGGAUUCAAUCGCACAAACCAUGGUGGGUGAAUGGAUGUACAAGUAUGUUAGGAGACGGAAAUCAUUUGGGGUCACCGAUAAAGCCGAUUGGGAUGCCAAUAAAAGUGUCGAAGAGAUCUCUCAGAGUGUUACAAAUAACGGAGUCCGUCACAAGAGAUGGGUUUGGCUUGCCCCGUACGAGCGCGCUGUCAUGUGGAGCAGUAAGCAACCAACAUCGGGGACUGCCCUCAUGGGAAAGAGUGGUCGUAAAUUGACAAUCAAAUCUGUACUCGAUGUCAAAGACGACAAUCCGAUGCCGAAGGGAUCACUGAUCGGACCUCACUUCAACCGAUCAAUCCUAAUUCUUACGCCUCAGCGAGCGCUCAAGUUCACUGCGACUUCUCAAGAACGACAUUAUGUUUGGCUGACAGCACUAUCGUUCCUUUCGCACUCUCCACUUAGCGUAAAUGAGCUUACAGCACUCCCUCCCCCACCCCCUCCUCCUGAACACGAAAUUCUGCAACCACCGCCUCCGUCUCUUGCAGGAUCACUUAGGCGGCGGCCGAUUCGAGAUUCGAUUCGAGUAGCAAAGAAUGCAGUCAGGAACGGAACUGGACACGGCCCAAGGUCAUUCACAACAGACGGCUCACUCCCAGUACAAGACUUCCGGCCACAAUCACGAGACUUCUACGAUCCAAUGACAGAUCCCGCACUGCCACCAACCAUUCCUCGCCAUUCAAGGAAAAGGAGCAAUACCGCCCCAAGGGCACCACCGAGUUCAUUCAAGACGUUCUCAACUAAAGAUGCCACUCCUAGCCUUCCUGGACCGGGGUCAACAUACUCACACAGCAUCCAAUCAACAGCAGUAUAUUCCUCGGAUCGAGGACUAUAUACUCCGAGCUUAGGGAUGCAAAGCCUUGUUAGCAGCCGCCGAGGUAGCGAAGCAAGUGCUUCGGGGCGACCACCACUCCCGACUAUACUGCUGGAUACCAACCCAGCAUCAACCAUGAGAAUGGAUGCUUUCAUCGAAGGAAAGCAAUCUACAUCCUCCAGUAGGCCUUCGGUUAACCUCUUGCGAGGACAGACUCGGAAGAAAGACAUGUCAUACUGGGGCAUCGAACAAGGAAGAGACAGUAUUAGCCCCGUAGAUUCGUUGCUCCACAGCGAAAUGAUGGCGGCAAGCUCUUCCACCCGGGGGAGUGUCGAUUCCCGAGAUCCUUGGCGGGGAUUUUAA